UGACAGAGCUCUGUGUUAAGCGCUUGUGUAACUCCUCGUGCGUCAGUACUGCGGUGAUUACGCGUCUGCUCGGCUGCUCUGCUGGGUCUGUGUCAUGGGGAGCUGGAUGUUGUCCGCCGGGGUUCGCCGGGUGUCUUCGGUGCUCCGGCGAGUCUCCUCGGGUGUUUCCCCCGGCUCGACUCGCUUCGGCUCCGGCUGUCAGGAGCGGCUCUGCUGGCCUCCGCUGUCCGGGGAUGUGGAUCGCUUCGGCGGCGUCACGGUGCGAGACUUUCCGCCGGACAUCAGCGAGGACGAGUUCAGCGAGCUGCUGCGGGAGUCUCUCGGCCGGUGGAGGUCAGAUGGACGUGUCGCUGCAUGGCUGCACGUCCCCAUCUCUCUCAGCAGACUCUCUGCGGCCGCGGCGCGUCUCGGCUUCAGCUUCCAUCACGCUCGGAGACACGAGGCCGUCCUCAGUCUGUGGCUCGGGCCGGGGGAAGACAGACUGCCUGCGUUCGCCACACAUCAAGUAGGAGUCGCAGGUGCUGUUGUGGACGAAUCCAACGGCAAAGUCCUUGUUGUCCAGGACAGAAAUAAGACUACGAAUGCUUGGAAGUUUCCCGGUGGUCUGUCAGAUCUUGGAGAAAACAUCGGCGAGACGGCCGUCCGGGAGGUUUUUGAGGAAACGGGCGUCCGAUCUCAGUUCUGUUCGCUCCUCAGCGUCCGUCAGCAGCACAAUCAUCCGGGAGCGUUCGGGAUGUCCGACAUGUACCUGAUCUGCAGACUCCGGCCACUCUCCUUCCACAUCGACUUCUGCCCUCACGAGUGUCUGCGCUGCGAAUGGCUGGACCUGACUGAACUGGCCCAGACCAGCGACAGCACGCCGGUCACCAGCCGCGUCGCCAGACUCCUGCUGUACGGACUGGAAAACGGCUUCCAGAACAUCGACCUGACGAUGGAGCAGAUGCCGGCCGUUUACUCCGGCCUUUUCUAUCAGCUCUACCACAGACGACUGCCAGAGACGGCAUAGAGCAACUCCACACCGCACUAAACCGUUUCAGUACAGUACAAUCAAGAUACAUUUACUGGAGAAGCACAGUGGCUUGAGACAUUUAGGCCUGGUUCCACAGACAGAGCUUAGACUAAGACACAGUUUAAUUAGGAUAUGUAAAGUGUUUUUAUAAGCGUGCCUUAGAAAAAAAAGAUAUUACAGAUGUGCAUCCAAACAAAGACUGAUAUAUUUUAAGAUCAGUGAGUGCAAGUUUCUUGCUCUCUUAAAUUUAGACUUUAGCUUAAGCCUUGUCUGUGAAACCAGGGCUAGUCUUGUUUUCUGAAAAAUACGUGAAUGCAUAUGCUUAAAACCUAAAUUCAGUGGGGUCCGAAAAAAAUAAACUUUAUUUAAAGGGAAAACAAGAUUCCUCUUUUUUUUUUUUUUUUUUUUCAGAAAACUUGAUUUUUAUUUUUAUUAUUAUAUAUAUUUUUUUUUUUUCAGAAAACAAAACCUAAUAAUCUAAGGUCAUUAUGUAUCUGUAAAUGUGUCCUGAUUUUUUUUUUUUUUUUAAGUGUACUGACAAAAAUAAAACAAUGUAUUUGUACUUGAAAAUAAAGCAAAAAUACAUUUUGAUUUAUUAAUUUUUACAAGGCACUCUUCAAAAUAAAGGUCACGUUAUGAACUGGAAAUGCUUUAAAUCUCACGAAGACUCGAUCUUUAAAAUAUCUAAGAAAUAUCUGGGUCUUAUUUGACCUAAAAAUCAAAACAGAGAUGUUUGAAUAAUGAAAAUGAAGCCAUGUUUUUACUUACUGUGACAUGCAAAAACAUAUAAUUAAAUACAAUUGUGUAUAUAUUAUAAAUGACCUUUGAAUGAAAUAUAUAUCACAAUAAUAUUUGUAAUAGCUGGACAUUUUUCACAAUAACAGCACUAAGAAGAAAGACUUAAAUUUCUGUAUUUUACGCAUGACUUCUUCAUGAGAUUCACACCAGAAUUAUUUCAGGUGCUAUAAUGAAUGCAGUAUUUUAAAAACGGCUCAAAUGUUCCUUUAUUUCCAAGAGUGUGUUGCAGAUGGACCAGUUUGAUAACUUUAUAAUACACUACCUCACAUAAUCUGCCUGGACCUUUUGAGUUUUUAGAAAAAUUAACAAAAAAAAACCCAAAAGACUGUUACUGUUAAUCUUACUGUCGCUCGCACAAUGACUGUUCUUCUCAGCUAAGACGUUAUAUAUGAGAAACAGAAUAAAGUUUUACGAAAAACA